GGGCGGGAAGCGGGAGCCGCGCGGUGCACGCCGGGAGGCGCCGUGAGGGGUAUAAGAGGUAGGCGGUCGCCGCCAUCUUUCUCUCGCCACCGCGCAGCCAUGGGCCACCAGCAGCUCUACUGGAGCCACCCCAGGAAGUUCGGGCAGGGCUCUCGCUCUUGCCGCGUGUGCUCCAACCGCCACGGCCUCAUCCGCAAGUACGGGCUCAACAUGUGCCGGCAGUGCUUCCGCCAGUACGCCAAGGACAUCGGCUUCAUCAAGCUGGACUGAGCGCCGGGAGGAUGAAGCGACAGCCAGGAGCUCCCCGAGUGUCCCAGGGCCUCCCUGACACAUCUGCAGCGUCUCGGCUCAGUCUUACCUAAUAAAUGUUCUCCUAACCCCGCUGA